AAGAGUCGGCCGCUCCUUUCUGAAUUGGUUUACUUUAAAUACCCUACCCUUUCACUCCUCCCUUCUCCACUACCACUUCGAAUUCCUCCUCUGCUCUCUCUCUCUGGUUUUCACUUCUUCGAACCUUAAAGGACCUAGCUCUCUCUCUCUCUCUUGAAGACCCAUUACGAAGCUUCACCUCUGGAUCUCAUGGGGAAUAAUUUUUUCGUAGAUUAUGCUUCGAUUGAAAGUUUCAUUAACGAAAUUCCGGACUGCUUCGUUGCAGAGGAAGAAUCGAUUACCGGAGAAACGUCGAAUUCGUUCUGUUCUGGAACAGUGAGCUCUGGAUAUCUGCCUCCUCCUAAGCUUGAAACUGAGGUGUUUGAUGAUGUCUUUACAUUUGUUUCGACGUCCAAACAUCUGGUUUCAGAUCCAGAAAUUUCAGUCUUUGAUUAUAUAGACCUCACCGGAAAGCAGGACAGUGAAGAUUCCAAUAUGAUCUCUUUUAGUUUUAAUGAUCAAAAUGGUUUCUUUCAAUGCGAGGCAAAGCCUCAAACCAUCGUAUUGACGAACUCGAACUCCUCUUCAAGCUCUGGUUCUCGUCGACCAUCGCUGAAGAUUUCUCUCCCUCCGGCUCAGAAGAUUGAGUGGUUCGACUUCUGCGAACCUAAACCAGCUCUCGCUCCAGCUCCAGCUCCGGCUCCAGCUCCAGCUCCAGCUCCAGCUUCAGUUCCAGUACCAGUUCCAGUUACGGCUCCAGUUCAGAACCCGAAGCCUUGUUAUACAGGGGAGACGAGGCAUUACAGAGGGGUAAGACAACGUCCAUGGGGAAAAUUUGCCGCGGAGAUCAGAGACCCAAACAGGAAAGGAUCCAGAGUUUGGCUUGGGACUUAUGAAACCGCCAUUGAAGCAGCUAGAGCUUACGACAGAGCAGCUUUCAAGAUGCGUGGAAGCAAAGCCAUUCUCAACUUUCCUCUUGAGGCUGGUAAGACACUGGAACCAGUGUCGAGCAAUUGCAGGAAAAGACGCAGAGAAGCUGAAACAGAUGAACAACAACAACAACAUCAACGACAAGCACCACCAAUGAAGGCGGUGAAAGCCGAGUGGUCACCGGAAUCUGACGUCACGGUGACCGCGCCGGUGACGGCAGCUUGCCCAUUAACGCCAUCAAGUUGGACCACCGUUUGGGAAGGAGUGGAAGUUAAUAAGGGUAUCUUUAACGUUCCUCCACUGUCACCGUUAUCUCCGCAUCCUCAGUUCGGGUAUCCUCGGCUCAUGGUCAACUAAGGGGUUAAAGUGUUAAACGGUGCCGUCAGUAUGCGGUUAGAGGUUGUGUUGUACAUUUCUACGGUUUUGAGUUUUUUGAUUGGUCGUUAUAGGCCUAUAUACGUACACAGUAGCGUAUGUAUAUACAUGGUUGUACCUUAAAUUCAAAAAAUAAAAAAAUGAGUGCGAAUUUUUUUAAUUUAUUUAUUAGUUUAUGAAAAUUUAUAAUUUUUUUUUAA